CAAGAAAAUGAGUGCAAUAUUCAAUUUGCAAAGCUUGCUUUCGGUAAUCCUGUUGCUGACUUGCACCUGCGCCUAUUUGCGACCUUUGUUUCCCAACAUCUUAUAUCGCAACACGUCCGGUUUGAGAUGCAUCCUGUGGAAGCUGGCGCGGAUUGGAGAGCGAAUGUCGCCUUGUGUUGCUGCUGCCUGCGUUAUUAUGGCAGUGAUGGUGCUCUUUUCGAGCUAAGACUGAAAGAACUUUCGACAAAAUUGACAAGACUAGUCGAUUGAAUAGUGUGUUCAGGUAUCAAUCUAAUUGUAAAACGUUAUCAAACUCUGAUAAAAUACAGCAGACUCCAAUAUACAUUUG